UGACGCCACGGCACUCUAGCCCAGGCAAUAGAGUGAGACAUUGUCUCAAAAAAAAAAGGCGCUCUUAUUUUGUAUAUCUUGCCUGAGAGUCACCUACAGCAUAAAUGUUAAUAUCUAAAGCUCUGAGACAGACUGCCUAAUACCGCCACUUACUAGCUAUUUGGCUUUGGAUAAGUAGUUUAAUUUUCUAUCCCUCAAUUUCCUUAUCUGUGUAAUAGGAACAAUACCGGUAUGUAGCAAUACAAGUAAAGUGCUUACAAGCUUUUUUUAUUCUAUAAGAUUGGCAUUCUUAAAGGGAGGAUAAAUGUUUUUAAAAAACCAAAGGUUUUCUCCUGGAAGCAAUGGACAAAACAGAUUUAAAAGGUGUACAAUUUCAGGCAGGGGAAGAAAUCAGGCAUCAUUUUAUUCACUGAGCUUUUCCCCUUAACAUUCAUAAUCCAUUAUCAUUCAAACUAGAAUAUUGAUCUCAGGUUUUUUAUAUUUAAGUACAACAAUGACUUUUAUUUUCCCCACCUUUCUACCUAAGUAUUUGUUUCUACUGUCUCCAAGAUCUCUGAAACCAAUGGCCAAAUAAGAAACUUAAUGAUGAUCUUUCAGGUUUAAAAGCUGAAUCUUCUAGAUCAUUGCCCACAAGAGAGCUGACAGUUCAUUUGACCUUAAUAAUUGCUGAUAAAGUUCUUUAUUCAUAUUUGGGUAAAAUUAAUGACUUUGAGGAACAUUAUAGGAUAUACAUUAAUAUUCACUACAAAUGGAAAACUUCUUUGAGUUCUAAUUUUAUGCACGAUAAAUUGGGGCUUUAUUACUACAUUUAACCUUUAACACAUCUUUCUUUAAAAUAUAGAUUCAAAUGUGAAAUCUAGUAUUUGCAUACAUGGUACCAAUUUGUGACGGUCACCCUUUCUAACCCACAAUGCUUUAAGUUCAUAAAAGGAACCUGAAUUAUAAUGAGAUCUAAUAUUUCUAUUAUUGGUACACACAAUUUCUUUCCAGAUCUUCUUUAUGUAUGUAAGUAAAAUUAUGCAUAGUGCAGAUUGAAUUGCUAAAAACUCCAAUGAGAAGUGAGAAAUAUAAAUAUAAAUGUAAAUAUGUCAUACAUACUUAUUUCAGGUGAAUAUCAUUUCCCCUUUAUCUGAAAUGAGUUUAUCUUUUAAACUCAGGGAAUUGGGCAGAACAAAUGCAUUCUCUUCUUUGAAAUAAAUCAAAGUUAUUUAUGUCAAAUAUUCUACCUAAUAGAGGUAUAUUGGGAACUAUAACAAUUGAUAUGAUAAAAGAGAAAUAAUGUUCAGGUUCAGAUCUUAGCUUCUGUACUAGACUAUAAAAUGAGACUGACUUAUUUUUUAGUACUAUCUUCAUUGCUCUGUUGAUCAAAUCUAUGUCCAAUAAAGACAUGAUCAGGAGCUAUUAUAAUACAAAUCCUACAACCUUUGUAACAUUCAUCAAUCUACUAAAAUUUUCUGCUUAAAGCCUUUAAAACAAGACUAUGACUGAUGGUUUAUAAUUUCUUAAAGAAAAUUUAUAAAUUUCUCCUUCAUGCUUUGCCUUAGGAGUAUUUCAGAAUUGCCCACUCUAAUAUAAGUCAGCCCAAACUGCUGCACUGUCUUGAAAGUUAUACAACUGCAAAAGUGGCUGUAGUAACUGCUUAAACCCUGACUUCAGCUUGUUGAUUUGUCUUUUAAGGAAUAACUAGAGGACAAAAAGAACAUAAUCUAAACAAGUGAUUGCAGGGCUUUCGAAAAAGAAAUGCUUAAUUCCUUUGUAAUUUAUAUUGUAAUUCUUGUCCCUUUUAUGAACUCAAAAGAAAAUAAUGCUAUAAAGAAAUAGAGAAAUGUCUAUGUAUGAGUACUUUUAUAGAAGCAGGUUGGAAAAUGAAAUUCCUAUUAAUAAAAGACAAAUAAUUUAGCUGCCACAGCUGGAUAUCUCCUAACUGCAGCACAUAUUUCUGUAAUUGCUCUAAUCCUUGUGUGUUUUCUUGCUCUUUUGCAGGCAGACCAGUAAUGAUUGUGGUAGAAUAUAUGGAGAAUGGAUCCCUAGACUCCUUUUUGCGGAAACACGAUGGCCACUUCACAGUCAUCCAGUUGGUCGGGAUGCUCCGUGGCAUUGCGUCGGGCAUGAAGUAUCUUUCCGAUAUGGGUUAUGUUCAUCGGGACCUUGCAGCUCGGAAUAUAUUGGUCAAUAGCAACUUAGUAUGCAAAGUUUCUGAUUUUGGUCUCUCUCGAGUACUAGAAGAUGAUCCAGAAGCUGCUUAUACAACAACUGGUGGGAAAAUCCCCAUACGGUGGACAGCCCCCGAAGCAAUUGCCUACAGAAAAUUCUCCUCGGCAAGUGACGCGUGGAGCUAUGGCAUUGUCAUGUGGGAGGUCAUGUCCUAUGGAGAGAGACCUUACUGGGAAAUGUCUAACCAAGAUGUCAUUCUGUCCAUUGAAGAAGGGUACAGACUUCCAGCUCCCAUGGGCUGUCCAGCAUCUCUACACCAACUAAUGCUCCAUUGCUGGCAGAAGGAGAGAAAUCACAGACCCAAAUUUACCGACAUCGUCAGCUUCCUUGACAAACUCAUCCGCAAUCCCAGCGCCCUUCACACCCUGGUGGAGGACAUCCUUGUAAUGCCAGAGUCUCCUGGUGAAGUUCCCGAAUAUCCUUUGUUUGUCACAGUUGGUGACUGGCUGGAUUCUAUAAAGAUGGGGCAAUAUAAGAAUAACUUCAUGGCAGCAGGGUUUACAACUUUUGACCUAAUUUCAAGAAUGAGCAUUGAUGACAUUAGAAGAAUUGGAGUCAUACUUAUUGGACAUCAGAGACGAAUAGUCAGCAGUAUACAGACUUUACGUUUACACAUGAUGCACAUACAGGAGAAAGGAUUUCAUGUAUGAAAGUACUACAAGCACCUGUGUUUUGUGCCUCAGCAUUUCUAAAACGAAGGAUAUGCUUUCUACUACCCUCUCUUAUGAUUCUCCAAACAUCACUUCACAAACUGCAGUUUUCUGUUCAGACUAUAGGCACACACCUUAUGUUUAUGCUUCCAACCUGGAUUUAAAAUCAUGCUACAUAAGUCCUCUUUGAAUAUCCUGCAGAUAAAACCCUGGCCCACUGCAGAUUACCACUACAUAAUGGUAAAUAACUCAGCAUGGACGUGUAACUUUGUAUAGCAGUAUAUGGGAAGUGUUCACGGACUUAACCUAGAGGAAUUUAUCCAGGUGUGGCUUGCUUAAUGAUGUAUUUAGAGUGUGAUGGUAAAAGAGAAAGAAAUAGUUGACCUUUCUUUCAUGUUUUGUGAUCAAGUAGCUUCCAAAUUGACAAAUGUUUGUUUUUUAGGUAAUUACAUUCAACUCUAUGGGUUGUAUUGUUACUUUAUUUUUUAAUAGUUUAACUGGUGGUGCCUGAUAUUAUAGGCUUAUUUGCAGAAAUGACCAGUGAUAACAUGUAGUGAAUUUUUGUCAGAUGUGACUGUAGUAAGAAGGGGGUUAUUAGGAAGGGAUAGGGAGAGAAAUACUGUGCUUUUAAAACUUCUAAGCCUGGGUUUUUCAUUUUUUUUAAUCAACUCUAUAAUGUCCUACAUAUUUCAUAGUAAGUGGUAGUUUAAAGGCUUUGCCCCUCUAAUUUUUUACUUACUAUAGUAUAUUUCUCUACUACCUUAUGAAGAGCACCCAUGAAAAGACCAAGAGUGAAUUCAUUGAUCUAAUGGCUUUUGUAGAGGGAAGCUUGGGAUAAACCCAUGACUAUUCUCUUGGUUCAUCUUCACAAGUUUGCAAAAGUAAUUAUCAAAGCACUGAGAAAAUUAGUCAUUCUCAGUAGAAUUGCUUUGAAUAACAUAUAUAAGUUUAUACCCUUAGAUUUAAUGUAAAAUGAGUAAUUAAUUUAAUUUGAACAGAAUUCUAUGGUAUCUCUGCAGUGGCCCAAGAAAAUAAACACAUCUAGUUAACUGUCAAGGGUACAUUUUGCAAGGUGAAUAAUUCUUAUGUUUUGUUUGCAAAAAUAAGUUACAUGAACAUGCUGAGCUCGUUUCCAAACCUUCUAAGAAAGUAGUGUCAACCUGGCUCUAUAAUAUAGUUUCAUAAAAUGUGAACACGGCUAUGGUGUGUUGUCACAAUCUUCUCAGAGGUUGCAAAAAAAGGCAAAUAUAUUUUUCAGUGAAUUAAGCUGAGUCAGCUUAUCAAAAUAAUGCUAUCCGAUGUACAAAUUCAAUUAUAAAAUCAGCUGCUCCCUGAAAACUAAAAAAAUAUGACUACUGUGCUAGGUGGAAGAGUAAGGAGAAUGUAUUAAGGGAGAAAAAAAAAAAAA